AUGUUUAUGUUACGUCAUUACUAUGUUUUAUUUUUGUUAACUAUAGUUAGUGGUGAAGAAUAUAAUUUAUUUGGAGAUGCCGGUCAAGCUUAUUCAAUGGAAAUUUAUUUAGGUACACCCAAACAAAAGCUCAAUGUUAUAGUAGAUACAGGCAGUACUACAUUGGCGGUAGCGUCGUAUUCGCGACAGGAUAGUGACAAAUAUUUCCAAGUAGAAAAUUCUACAAAUCUUAUUGACAGUGGCAAAGAGGUACAAGCAAAAUAUUCACAAGGUAUGUGGGUGGGACGUCUUGUCUCAGAUUACGUUGAAUUCCCAUCAUUACCUCAAGUGCCACAAGUAAGGUCUGAUUUUGCCGUGAUUACCAAUAGUCAGAAGUUCUUCAUGAAUGGAUCAGGAUGGCAGGGACUUCUUGGCUUAGCUUAUUUGCCAGUUGGAGCAUGGGGUAAUAAAAUCGUGGUUGGAUCAUGGUUGGAUUCUCUUGAGUGCAAUAUUGGCAAGUCAGUGUCAUUUGAAUUGAAAUUGUGUGGACCCCAAAGUCCCACAAAUGCUACACAUUAUGGAAAAUUUUCUAUGAUCGUUGACAAUGAGAAAUGUAAGGAUAAACCUAGGUUCUACACUCCAAUACUCCAUAAGAGAUGGUAUGAGGUGGGCGUCAUAGGAGUGAAUGUUGUGGAAAUGGAAGUUUCUUCCACAAAUUCCAUCAAUAAAACCAAAACAAUUUAUCGUGCUCCAUACAGCCCACUUGACCUUGAUGAUUGUCAGAUGCUGAACGCUGAGAAAAGCAUUGUCGAUAGUGGCACAACAAAUAUAAGACUUCCGGACGAAAUAUUUCGAAAGGUAGUGAAUGAAAUACGGAAACAAGCUCAAGCAGGAAAUAUUUUAAUAUUGGAUGAAUUUUGGUACCAUGGAGAGGCAGCUUGUUGGCCCGAGUCACAGCAAUGGACAUUGCCUUAUUUGGAGAUAUAUCUGCUACAUGCAGAUGAUGACCGCUCAUAUUUUACCUUGCGAGUACCUCCACAGCAUGUAAUGUUGUCAUUUUUCAAGAUCCCGUUGCUAAGAAGUUUAGGAAUUUUUCAGAAUUAUAUGCGCGUUGUUUCGACACAUGACAACAGCGAAGGCACAGUUUCGCAAUAUUGCUACAAAUUGGGAAUAGAGGCGGGUGGUAAGGACACUGUUCUUGGGUACACGGCAAUGGAAGGUUUCGAGGUGCUGUUUAAUAGAUCAGGUGGAUGGAUCGGCUGGGAUAUAUCAGAUUGCGGUCCGUGCGCACGUCUCGAAGGACCAUUUUACGUAAGGCGUUCCUUAUUACUCGAUUGCGAACUAACUAAAUCCGAUUUGGAAGUUGCGGUCUCAAUAAAAGCGGCUCAAUGGGCUCUUCUAGCUGUCUCCAUCAUAGCUGGAGCCGUAUUACUUUAUUUACUUGCCCCAUGUUUGAAAUUCAUCUAUUUCAAACCUAGACCGAACGCUUCUAGAUUAUCUAUGUCGGGAGAGGCGUUGGUCGAUCAAGAGUUGAACUAAACGGCUAUCGCGAGAGGUCCGAUGGCGUUGAUAAACUGUUUUGCCAAUUUUCGGAAACUAAUUAUACCUGCUAUAGUAAAUUGAAUCUUAUUGCUUUGUUAGAACAUUGAUAAUGUAUCUUAAACGUAGAUGACAUUUUUUGUCAUUCUUUUUGUUUUUUGAAACAUCGUUUUUGUAUAUAUAUAUAAUUAAAAUGUGAUUGUUUAAUUUUUUGAAUGAAGUCUUUCAUUCAAGCGAUAUAAAAAAAAUACAUAUAUUUCUUGUAAGAAAUACACGGUACAAUAAGAAUGGUUCUAAAAAUUUUUGCGUUUUAUAAAGUUUUUUUCUUAUUUCUAUUGUGAAACCUAAUUUUUUUAUAGAAGUAAAACUAAAACUAAACACUGAUAAUGGCUUCCUAACAUUAGAUAGCAAACGCUUGUUAGAAUGCAUUUCAUUCCAACAAGGCUUAAAUAAUAUUUUAGAUAGAAUAAUUAGUAAUUUUGUUUAAUAAAAAUCCUGGUAUUUGUAUUCGAUUACUAACCGGAUGACCUGCUUUUUUGUUAAUUGAUAA